AUCACAUAACACACGCUCACAAAACGCAGCGCGGUGCACUUGCUCCUCUCCUCUCUGAACCCUCCUUCCCACGAUCCGCCCACCAUCUCGGGACUGGAGUCACGUGUCCCCCCCGCCUAGUGUCUCUCUGCGAGCCGACAGCACCACAUAUCAAACUCACCCAGCGCCCGGUGGAGAGAGAAAGGAGGAUGAGGAACAGAGAGGUGAAAACGGACGGAAAGCAGCUAAGACGACAGAGGGCUUUAAUGGAGUACGUCUGAUGGAGGAUGCGCGCUGCGGUGAUCCGAAAUGCUUACACUGUUUCCCGCACAGGAGGGGUAUGACCAGGCGUCUGAGCAGGACUGGAGAUGAGAUUCACACUGUUUCGGAGACCCUCUUCGUCCUGUGAUCUCGGUUUGAGGGGUGAACAGGACACGGGGCGUACUGCUCAAACCUAAACUGUGGAUUGGGGAAAAUUGGCUGUUUCUUUCUGUUGUAAACCUGCUGUGGAUCUGUGGGUCUACAGAGGGACGGGUGGUCUCUACCAUGAGGGCUCUUUCAGCAAACUUAUUCGCUCUCCUUCUCCUGUGCGCCCUUGCAAGUGUUUUCUACGUCUGGAGCGCGUUAGAGAGCCGUUUGGAUCGACACAAGCGGAGGCUCGUAGGGUCCUUACACCAAGGUCUCCCAGCGGACCUCUCCGCCAAAACUUUCCGGGUAUUGCUCGCCGUCCCGGCGGCACAAAGACCGCGCUUGGGGGGCAGACUUGAGGCGCACAACCUCACUGAUCAAACCGUCUCUGCAGGAAGUCGAGAUUACCAUGUGAAUGGGGAUAACAAGAGGUCAGCGAGGCGGGAGGGCCUGGUCAAGUUGGGCUCCCCGGUGGAGGAUGGGAUAUUUUGGAAUGAAUGGCUUGAGGAUCUGCUCCCUGCGGGCUUCACAGAGGAAUAUGCUCAGGCAUGGAGAGAGAGAGCGAGGACACACACGGUAGUGAAGCUGGAGCCUGGAUGCGGCAGAAUAUCAAACCAGCUCGCCACUUUUGCGGAUGGGACCAAAGCGUGUGUGCGUUACGGGAUCAACGCGGAUCAGGUGCAAGGAGAAACUUUGACUUAUUACCUCGCCAGUUUGCUCGGCAUCUCAAACCUGCCUCCUCUCAUACUGUCCCAGCUGAGCGGUGGUAGUGAACAAUGGGAGACUGUGAGGGCGAGGAUAGACGGCUUACAGUGGAGUGAUGGAGCCGUGGUUUCUCUCACUAAGUGGGUCUCAAAUCUGACGGGGGUGGUCACACCUGCACCGCUCAGGCAGGAGAGCAGCGGGCUACAUCCUGUGCUGCAGGAGCUCCAGAACAAGUCGGCGGCGGAGCUGCUGGAGCUGAUGCAGUGGACAGACCUGAUCAUAUUCGACUACCUGACUGCGAACUUCGACAGACUGGUCAGCAAUCUGUUUAGCCUGCAGUGGGACUCGCGCGUAAUGGAGAGGGACACGAACAACCUCCUGAAAACACCACGCGGUGACCUUGUGUUUAUAGACAACGAGGCCGGGCUCGUGCACGGCUUUCGGGUGUUGAACAUGUGGGAGAAAUAUCACAGCACGGUUUUGAGCUCAGUGUGUGUGUUCAGGAAAAGGACAACGCAGCGUGUUGCGGAGCUGCACAAGCACAGAGACUCCAGGAAAAGGCUGCUGGAGCUCUACAGAGACAGCGAGCCUUUGUCUGUGGAAUUAGGAUUUCUCUCAGAUGAGCACGCCGCUGUUCUCCAGGACAGAAUAGACAGACUAUACAAACACAUUUUACAUUGCAAAGGAAAGUACAGCCAGCUGUGAACGUUCAGCAUGUACAGGUGAUGGAUUUGUCGUCUGCACGGUAUAAUGAGACUGGCACACCUGUACUAAACUGAUGCGAAUUACACUAAACUGUCUUGAAUAUCCAGCUGAACUACCUCUUGUGAAUAGACUGUGUUGCCUACUUUAUAAAUAAGCAAAUUUGACAAGUGUUUAUAAACUCCCCUAGUUUUUCACUGUACUCGCAGAGAGGAAUUAUUAAGGCCAGUUUAUCGUGUCUUAUUUCACCCCUUGAGGCUAUAUUUGUGACUAGAGCUUCAUAACGCAGCCCACCAUGUGUGUUAGGGUUAUUGCCUUUUGUUAAGUUAUUCUUAUGAUAAACUCUCAAGCCUUAACUUAAUUUGACUCUUGAAACUGUUUCUGUUAACACGUGGCUUGCUUUUUAAAAAAAUAUUUUGCACAGUACAUUGUCACCUGCUCUUGCUUAUGAACUGCAUAUUAAGCCUUAAAAUCACAGGUGUAUCACACACAUUGUACAUGUUGUAAAUAUGAUGUAAAUAAUAUCCAACAUCCUGUUUUUGAAAAUGUGUGCCCCACUUAUUUAAUGUGCAUUGUAACAUUCCAAAAUAUCUUGUCCUUUUUGAUAAAACACUGUUAUUUAAUUUGA